AUGCGUGUGCGCCUCGGUGGAGUCCUUAGUGAGCCGCGUCCCGUGAUUGUCGGUGUUCCGCAGGGCAGUGUAUUCAGCCCCUUCUUGUUCAAUCUCGCCUUGGCUGACAUCGACGAUUACAUUCCCAGUGCUCUUCCCUGUGAUGUGCGCGUGGCGGUCUACGCGGAUGACAUUGCGGUGUCCACGACGGGACCUGUGCCCAGUGGCCGGUGUACUUGCACCAGUGUCCAAACCGUCCUGGAUUCUAUUGACGCAUUCAUCACGGGCAGGGGGAUGAGGCUUUCACCGGCGAAGACGGAAGCGAUGCUGCUGCACCCCAGUUAUGGCGCCCAGCGCUUCACAUCAAAGUUCACUUUCCAAACAAUCCCCAUUCCUUGGAAGAGUCGAUGA